CAUCAGUAGCCGACUGGUCAAUUUUCAAGAGGAGAAUCGAAAAUUAUUUUGUGGCAAACAAUAUCAACGACGAUAAACGUAAAGGUGCGAUUCUCCUUAACGUGCUGAGUGAAGACGCUUAUAAAUUGAUUCAUAAUUCAUGCAUGCCGGCUGAACCAGAUACUAAAAAGUAUUCAGAAUUGAUUCCUCUAUUGGAGGAACAUUUUAAACCAAGUUUAUCAGUGUUUGCGGCACGGUACAAAUUUUACCAUUCGCAAAAACUAAUCAGUGAAUCGCCUAGAGAAUGGUCAGCCCGGUUAAGAAAUUUAGCGACAUUGUGCGAUUUCGAAAACGAUCAGUUAGAAUUAGUGCUGCGUGAUAAAUUCAUUAUGGGGUAUGAUAAAGGCCCAGUACAAGAUCGCCUUUUUGAAGAAAAGAAUACGGCAACAUUUAAAAGUGUGACUGAAGUGGCUAUAGCGAAAGCGACGGCGCAUCCAUCUUUAAAUUCUGGAAAUUUUGAACCUGUAAUAAAGAAGGAAUCAGAUAUUCAUUAUGCAUAGGUCAAACUCAGAGAAGAUAGGGGAAGGCAAAGACAAAUAGCAGCGGGGAUACAACCGUCAUCUUCAGGACUAGUGCGCAACCGCAUCGGGAACCAGAGAGGACACGCAGGAGAAUUUCCUUCCAAAAGUAGCGUAUGCGGAAGAAAAAAUCACCGAGCAGAUAAGUGUUCAUUUCGAGAUUGUUUUUGUCACUCAUGUAAUAAAAAAGGGCAUUUAGCUCCAAUGUGUCCCAUGAAACGGAACAAAACAAA